ACUGAAUCUUUGAAGAUCCUUAAGGCAAAACGAUGAAGCUUGUGUUCCGUUACAACGCUUUGUUUAUAUCCAUUUUUAUUCACGCACUCUAUGUUCAAGGGCUGGAGGAUUGCAGAAGUGGGAUGUAUCCACCUAAAGGACCAACUUACAGAGGAAACGUGACCUGGUACACUGUAAAUCUUGAUUUGCCCCCUAGUGAGAGAUGGACACAAAUCAUCAAAGAUAAAAACACAGAGUUGAUUGAAAUGGUACAGACUAUAAAAGACAUGGCCAAAGGGUUUUUCCAUGGAAAACUUGUUAAUUUUGUGGAUAAGGAGCUGCCUUUUAUUGUGGACACCCUUCCAUACCCUUUUAAUGAAGAAAUAAAGGGAAUAGCAGCAGUUUCUGGCAUACCUUUGGGUGAGAUUGCACUGUUCAAUAUCUUUUAUGAGGUUUUCACAGUUUGCACAUCACUUGUUGCAGAAGACAUUAAUGGAAAUAUUUAUCAUGGCCGUAAUUUAGACUUUGGACUGUUUAUGGGGUGGGAUCGACAGAAUAAAACCUGGACUUUAACAGAGAAGCUUAAGCCUCUUGUGGUGAACAUCAAUUUCGAAAGGAAAAACCAAACAGUCUUUAAAUCAACAAGUUUUGCUGGAUAUGUUGGCAUGCUCACUGGUAUUAGGCCUGGUGAACUGACUAUAACAAUGAAUGAACGCUUCGACUUUGAUGGGGGAUAUAUAGGGAUCCUGGACUGGAUUUUUGGCAAUAGAGAUGGAAUGUGGACGGGUUUUCUUACUCGCAGAGUUCUGGAAAAUUCUACCAGUUAUGAAGAUGCCAAAGACCAGCUUUCUCAGACGAAACUACUGGCUCCAGUUUACUUCAUCUUGGGUGGUAAUCGGACAGGUCAGGGUUGUGUGAUUACCAGGACCAGAAUAAACACAUUAGACAUCUGGGAACUUGACUUAAUGCUUGGAAGAUGGUACGUCUUGGAGACAAACUACGAUCACUGGGAUAAGCCUAUGUUCUUGGAUGACCGCCGGACACCGGCAAUGAAGUGCAUGAAUCAAACCACACAAGCGAACAUUUCUCUGGCAUCAAUAUAUAAUGUUCUGUCAACAAAACCUGUUCUUAAUAAGUUGACAACAUACACCUCACUGAUGGAAGUGUCCACUGGAACACUGGAGUCUUAUGUCAGAGACUGUCCAAAUCCAUGCACACCAUGGUAAUCUGCCAUCAACUCCGAACAAACUGAAACCAAUGGCACUGCGAUUAAAGGAACAAAGUAUAGGAAAGAGCACGUUUAAAAUCGUAAUGGCUGAAUUCUACCUCUGAACUUUCACAUAUCUCUUCUUGUGGACACACACAAUUUUUGUCACUUUAUCAACUCUUGUGCCAUUCUGAAAAAUAUAAAUGUCUGUGUUGCAUAACAAAUUGAAACAUUUUAAAUGUUUUUAUUUGCUGUUUGAGAUGUAAAUAACAAAUCCGUUCAAGUGUUGCUUUAUCUUUAGGAUUUUGAUAAUAUAGUUUAUUUUUUGUCACACUGAGGACUGUAUUUUUGUACUUUAAAAUGGCUCUGUGGGCAAUUCUUUUGUGUU